AUGCCUAAAGCCACAACGCCUCCUCCGGUCUAUGCCGCUCUCAAGGACACGGUCCUCUUCACCCCAUUGAAGCUGGGUAGCCUGAGUCUUCAGCAUCGCAUUGUCCAGGCUCCCACUACUCGGAUGCGUAGUGAGUUUGAGUCGCGCGGUGUACAUGUUCCAGGUGCUCGUGUUGUCAAAUAUUAUGGCGAGCGUGCCAGCGAAGGAGGGCUUCAAAUCACAGAGGCCACUGACAUUUGUCUCGACGCAAGCGCCUACCCCGGCGUAGCUGGCGUCUUCACCGACUCCCAGUUGCAAGGCUGGCGUAAGGUGACGGAUGCCGUCCAUGCUAAAGGCGGCUUCAUCUUUGUCCAACUUUGGCAUACUGGCAGAGCCUCCUCAGGAGGUAUGCGUGGUGGAAAGGCACCAAUCUCGUCAGGAAGCCAACCUAUGGACGGGAAAUAUCUUGAUGGCACUGAAUGCAAGGAUGGUCCUCCACGAGCAAUGACGGUUGAUGAAAUCCACGACCUGACCACCGAAUGGGCCGCUGCAUCUAAGCGAGCGGUUGAGGUGGCUGGAUUCGAUGGCGUUGAGAUUCAUGGUGCGAACGGUUAUCUUCUUGAACAGUUCCUUCACGACAACAUCAACACUCGCACAGACUCGUACGGUGGCUCCAUCGAAAACAGGUCGAGAUUUCUCUUUGAGGUCGUGUCAGCCGUAGCUGCCGCUAUCGGGUCCGAAAAAGUUGGCCUUCGUCUAUCGCCUUACAACUACUUCCAGGGCACCAAGGACAGCAACCCCAACAAGCACUGGGCAUACAUCUCAGAGCGUCUUGCAGGCCUGCCAGAGAACCAAAGGCCUGUUUAUGUCCACAUGAUUGAGCCACGCUUUGACGAGGUUCUCGACGAGGAGCAAAAGCUGGCGUCACUGGGAAAGCAGAGCAACAAUCUUACUCAGUUCCAAGAGAUUCUCAAGCCUGCAGGCAUACGAUUCUUUGCUGCGGGCAACUUCAACAGAGAUAAUGCUCUGACCAAGUUGAAGAAUGGAGAGGCCGACGCUAUCGUCUUUGGGCGGCACUUUAUCGCCAACCCCGAUCUUGUGGAACGGUUGAAAAACGGCUGGCCGUUGAAUCCAUAUGAUCGGUCUACCUUCUACGGCGCAAGCCCUCCAGAGAAGGGCUAUAACGAUUAUGAGUUUUACAAGGUUGACAAUUCGGAGAUUACGGCGCAUGCAUAG